AUGGCCUUUUUCUUUCCUUCUUUCUUUCCUUUUCUUUCUUUCCUUUAUUUCAUUCUUUCAUUCAUUGUAUCUAUACAUAUAAUGCUUGUAUCUAGUCCAACAACAACACCUACAUAUACACCUUCUACAAAUCCAGCUCUAGCUCUAGCUCCAGCUCCAGCUCCAGUUACAGCUCCAGUUACAGCUCCAGUUACAGCUCCAGCUCCAAUUCCAUCUUUACUGGCCGUUGCAGUCAGUACAAUUCAGCAAUCGAUUGAUCUCUUGGAUCGUUUGGAUGACGAUAGUUUGAUCAUAUCAUCCCAGAGUAUGCCAUGCGGUACUCUCGGAAAGCAUAUUCGGCAUGUAUACGAUCAUUUUUCACUUUUAUUAAUUCAACUCCCUCUAACCUCGAAUGGUUGGGUAGUUGAUUAUGAUGAACGCAGCAGAAAUACAACCUUGGAAACUAGCCAGAAGGAAGCCAUUCGCCACCUCAAGGCCAUUCAAGAAAGACUGACUGCGACAACAUCAAUAGACUACAAUAGUCCCUUGACUCUUCAUGCUAAUAUUGACCCAGAAAGUUCCCUAAAGUCUCAUUUUGUAUCUUCAUUUGGACGUGAAUUGUGGUUUUGCUGUCUUCACGCAAUCCACCACUAUGCUACAAUAAAGAUAAUCUGUGUCGAAUCUGGUAUUGAUGUUCCUGAAGAUUUCGGUAUGGCGCCAUCGACCCUUCAAAGCAAAAAGUAG